AUGUUGAUACAUGAAAACAAAACAUGCAAUCCUGAUGCUAUAAAAUAUUUACGAAUCGAUUAUGAGCCCAACAUUUUUUCACCUCAAUAUAUAUGUCAAAAAAAAUACAUACAUAAGGAAAAGGAUGAAAUAUUUAAAAAAGAAAAAGCUAUAACAUAUAAAAAUUAUGAUCCUAAAUAUUAUAGUAAUGAUAUAAAAAAAAAGGGUAAUAUUAAAACAUAUAAAAGUAAUGAUAUUUAUAAAAAUGUAGAUAAUAACCAGAAUUAUUUAUAUAAAGAAAAAAAAAUUAUUAAUAAAAAAAAAUGUACAAAUAAAAAUGAUGAGAUGGGAAGAAAUAAAAAAACAUACAUGUUAUCAAAAAAGGUUGAUAAUACAAAUGAAACAAAAAAAAAAGAAAAAAUGCCUUUUAAAAAAUAUGCAACAGAAAAGUUAAUACUAAUUAAACAUAACAAAAAAGAUAUAAAAAAAGAAUGUGUCCAAAAAAAAAAUAUCAAAGUAGGAAAUAAAAAUAAUAAUAUGAACAUAAAAAAAAAUAAUGAACUCCAAUCUAGAUUUAUAAUAAACAAUAAGACAGAAAAUUUGUUUUUCAAAAAGGAAAAAGUAAUAAUUAGUCAAAAAAUAAAAGAACAAAAACAAAAAAAAAUCAAAAUCAAAAUCAAAAACAUCGAAAUUUUAAAUAAUUCUUCUUAUCUUAAGAAAGGUACAAAAAAAAAACAUAUCAUACAAACAAAACAACAUUGUAAUAAUGAAAAAACAAAAGAUAUAUCAUAUGGAGAAAUAAACAAAAAAGAUAAAUUAAAAAAAAAGCGUAUUAUCAAAGAACAAGAAAAUCUAAAUAAUAAUUAUACAUUCAACAACAAAAAAGAAAUAAUAAAAACUAAUAAUAUAUCAAGAAUAAAAAGUAAUCAAAAUAUUGAUAACAAAAAUAAAUAUGAAAAAAGUAUAGAAUUAUAUCCUAUAACAAAUAUAAAAGAAAAAACAAAAAUUAAUAACACCCUUAAUAAUACAGAAAAGACAAAAAAAUAUCAAGCCCUCAAAAAUAAUAUUAAAAAAAUUAAGGCACAAAUAAAUAAGCAAAAUGAUAUUUAUAAAAAUAUAUUCAUAUGUGAACAAAUUAAUAAGAAUAAUCAAACGUCUAAAUAUAUAAAUAAAAAAGUUACGGUUAAAAAUAAAAAUAUAAUAAAUAAUAUGAAUGAUAAAAUAAAAUAUCCUAUACUAACACAAUAUAAUAAAGCUACAUUAAAAACAAAUAAUAUGUCUAAUCAUAAUGAAUAUAUUAAUGAAGACAAACUCAAAAAAAAUAAUAAUUUAUCAACAACAAAAAAAAAAUAUAAUAAUAUAAAUGUAAAUGUAAAUAAAAUAAAAAAUAAAGAGGUUAAUACACAUAAAAGCCAUCUCAUUGAAGAGCCUCAUAUUAUAAAGAGCCAAGAAAGUAUAUUAUACGAUUUAAUAAAUAAAAAAAAAAACAAAGUGAAAAUAAAAAAAUUCUUACAAAAUUCAGACAAUCAAAACAAUAUAAAUGAUUUAACAAUUCAAGAAGAAAAAAAAAAAAAAAUUAAAAAAUCACUCAAGAGAAAAUUUAUACAUUUGAAUAUAUCUUCAUUAAAUGAUAUUAAAAUAAAAUCAUAUAAAAAUAACAGUCAAGAUAAAGAUUAUAAUAAUAAUAUCUUUAAUGUACUAUUAAAAAAAAGAAAAAUUCAAACAAAUAAACCUAAUGAAACAAUCAAUAUAAUAAAAAAAGACAACUGCAACAUAAAAUAUAUAAUACAACAAAAAAAUCAAAGUAAUACAUAUAAAAAUUAUUCACACAAAAAUAUUAAUAUAAAUGUAAAAAAUAAAGAAAAUGGUAAUCAUAUGAUCUAUGAUCAUUAUAAUAUUUUAUGUAAUCAAAACUUAAAAAAAAAUAAUAUUUUAUAUUCAGAAAGUAUAAAUCAUAAGCAAGAAACAAAAUGUCAUAAUAUCUCAGACACAUAUCAAGUUUAUAAAAAAGAUAAUCAAAACAGAAACGUAUGUAUAAAGUAUAAAAAUAUAUAUACAUAUAAUGACAAAAAAGGAAAAAACUUAUUAUUACAUUUAAAUAAUGAUGAUGAAGAAAUAUAUAAGAAAAACAUUAACAUGAAUAAAUAUAAAAAUGGUGAUUGUUCAGCAUAUCAAAAAAAAAAACAACACGAUGACAUGACCACUAGAAUUAAAAAUAAUUCUAAUUAUAUAAUUACAUCAGAUAAAAAUAUUAAAGCAGAUCAGAAGAAUUUAAAAAGUUUGAACUUUUAUAAACAAAUACAAAAUGUAAAUAAUCAACUAUCAUAUAAUAUGGUUUCAAAUAUAAAAACCAAUAUUUCAAAUAUAUAUGAAAAGAAUAAAACAUAUAAUACACACAUAAAUAAUUACAAUGAGUAUAAUAAAAUAGAUCCAUUAUUCUUUAAUAUUAUUGAACAACCAAAUGAUCUAGAAAAAAAAAAAAAAAAUCACUUCUCCAAUAUAAAUAAAUAUAGAAAUUUAUAUAACCAUAUACACAUUAAUAUGAAUAACAAUAAAAUAGAAGAUAAAAAUAUAAAGGAAAAAAAAAAAUUAUAUUAUAAAAUGUUGUCAGAGCAACAUAAGGGUAUUAAAAAUGAAUUCAUCGAAUUGAAACCAAAAGAUCAAAAUAAAAAUAAAAUUAAUCAAAUUAAUAAGGAUAAAAAAAAAUAUAUAUAUACACCAAUAAAAAAAAGAAUACAAAAAAAAUAUAUUUAUAUAUAUGACAAAAAAAAAAUAAUAAACAAAAAACAUCAGUCUAUUAUUAUAAUAGUAAAUAAAUUUAAAAUUAAAGAAAAUAAAUUUUUAUUAUUUUUAAACAAAAUGAAGUUAAAUAAAUAUACACCCAAGGUAAAGAAUCAUAUAGACAUUCAAAAUAAUAAUAUUUUAAAUAAAAAAUAUUCAUAUAUUUCAUGUAUAGAAUAUAAUAAAUAUAUUUUGUAUAUAAAAAAAAUGUACUUAUAUUUUUUAAUUCUUUUAAUAAGAAGGAAUAAAAUGGAAGAAUACAAAAAAAGUUUAAAUAAUUCUAUUAGUAUAAAAAAAAAAUAUAAUAAUAAUUUAAUUAUUAAUAUAUAUAAUAGACCGAUAAAUGUAAUAAAACAUAUGGUGCUAUAUAAAAUAUACAUAUUUAUGUUCAUAUAUAUAAUACAAAUAAUAUAUAUAAACAAAAAAAAAAUUACAUAUAUAUAUAAAACAAAAAAAGAGACUAUCACAAAUUAUAUUCUAUAUAAAUCUAUAAUAUAUAAUAGUUAUAAUAAAAAAAUUCAAAAGAAGAAAAAAAAAAUUAAUAUCAAUAUAAUAGAAGACAAUAAAAUAAAUCAUAUUAUAAUUCAAAAUAAAAAUAUUAUGAUAGACAAGAGAAUGUAUAUUAAUAUAUACAUAAUUAAAUACAAUAAUAUAAACAAAAUAUAUAUUAUCAUUAUAAAAAAAAAUAUAUUAUUUCUACAAAUUAUAUUUAUUAAUAUAUAUAAUAUAUAUUAUAAAAAGUAUUAUAUAUAUAUUAUAAGAAUAAAUAUAAUGUACUUCCACAGAAUAAAUAAAUCUCUUAAAAGUAAUAAUCAGAUUAGGUGUUAUCAAUAUGGAGACAUAAAAUGUGAUAUUAAAAAAGGAAAGAGAAAAGAAAGGAAAGACAAAAUAUAUAUAUAUUAUAUAUAUCAUAUAUAUUAUAUAUAUCAUAUAUAUUGUAUAUAUUGUAUAUAUUAUAUAUAUGGUUUAUAUUAUAUAUAUUUUAUAUAUUUAUAUAAUUUUUAUAUUAUAAAUCAUCCACUUUUCUUUUUAUAUAACCAAGAUGCAGUAUUACAUUAUAAACACACAUAUAAUAUUUUCAAAAACAGAAUUGAUAGACAUCUGAAUAUAGUUCUUAUAUAUAAUAAAGGACUUAUAAAUUCUUUUUUUUUAAUAUAUAUUCAAAAUAAAAAAAAAACAAUUCACAUAUUCAGGACUAUCAAUUUUAUUUGUACAUAUGGUGACUUAUAUAAAAAAAUUAGUUAUAUGAAUUACAAAAUAUUUUAUCAAAUAUCAAUAGAAAGAAAAAAUUGUAAAAACAUAAGAAACAUAAAAAAUAUAUGUUCAUAUAACAAUCAGGUAUUUUAUAACAUAUUAUACUUAAAACAAAUAAAGAAAGAUAAAGAAUAUAUCAAAAAUAUAAAUACAUAUAAAAUAUACAAACAAAAAAAAAGUAUUCAAAAAAAAAAAAAAAUUUAUAAGGGAAAAAAUAUAUAUAACCAUACACACACAAACAUACAAACUAGAUGUAGAAAAGAUGAUAUAAAAAAUAAUGUGAAUAAAAGGUUUGAAGAAAUAAAAAAAUAUAUUUCCUUUUUUAUUACAAGAACAAAUCUUGGACAUAUUCAAAAAUAUAUAUAUUAUAAUAUUAUGAAUCAUAAUAAUAUAUUAAGAACAAAAAAAAUAAAAUAUUUUAUAAGAAAAAAUAAAAAUAUGAAACAACAUACAAAAAAAAAAAAUAAUAAAAAAAAAAAUAUAGACAAAAAUGUAUAUCAAAAUAUAUAUGACAAUAUAUAUCAAAAUAUAUAUGACAAUAUAUAUCAAAAUAUAUAUCACAAUAUAUAUCAAAAUAUAUAUAACAAUAUAUAUCAUAAUAUAUAUCAUAAUAUAUAUAACAAUAUAUAUCAAAAUCUUAAUAAACAAAUUAAUAAUAAGAUUAAAAAUUAUAUCAAUAAAGUUACAAAUAAGACAAUAAAAAAAAGGAUUAAAAAAAUUAUAAAUAAAAGAAUACAUAACCAGCUGAAUAAAAAAAUUAAAAAGAUCUUCAACAAAAUAAUAAAUAAUAUAACAAAUAAGACAAUAAAUAAAACUCUACAUAAAAAUAUAAAUAAUAUAUUAUAUAAGAAAAUAAAAAACAAAAUUAUUAAUAAAAAUGUAAAUAAUACAAUAAAUAAAAUGCUAUAUAAAAAUAUAAAUAAUAAUAUAUUAUAUAAACACAUAAACAAUAUAAACAACAAUGUUAUAAAUAAUCAUAUAAAUAAGACAACAAACAAAAUAAUCAAUCAUAAUAUCGUAAAAGAAACAACAACAUCUACAAUAAAUGGUACAACAUAUGAACACCUACAACAUGAUAUUUCUAUAAUAAAAAAAGAUAUCAAAAAAAUAAUGAAAAAAAUGAAAAAGAAGAAAAGAAAAAAUAAUACAUAUCAUAUGAAAAAAAAAAAUAUAAUAAAACCAGGAGAACAUAAAACAAAUAUAACAUUAGACAACUUAAUAAAUACACAUUUGGGAUUUGAAAAAAUAAAAAAUAUGAAUCAGACAUAUAAUAAUUUAAAUAUAAUUAUAAAUAUAAAUAAUGAUUUAAAUAAAAAUUUAAAUACACCUAACCUUCAAACAACAAAAUCAAAUGUAACAGAAUAUACAAAAAAUAUGAUAGAAAAAAAAAAAAAAAAUAAGAACACUUAUAAAUUUAAAAAUGAAAUAUUAAAUAUAGUAGACAAAAGAAACAAAAAUCAUUUCAAUAGUAUAAUAAUAAAAUCAAUCUUAAAAGAAAAGAAAAAUAAAAAAAAUAUAUAUCAAAACAAACUAUCAUUUGAAAAAUUAUAUAUAAAAAAAAAUCAGUGCACAAAUGAUAUAACUGUAAAAAAUAAUAAUAUACAACAAGGCGAACAAAUAUAUAAUAUAUUAAGAAUGAUUCUUAUGAACAAAAAAUUAAAUAAUAUUAAUAAUAAUAAUAUUAAUCAUAAUAAUAAUAUUGAUAAUAUUGAUAAUAUUGAUAAUAUUGAUAUUUUUAAAGAGAUGACAAAAACAAAUCAAGAAGACUCUCAAAUUAUAAUUAUAAAUAAGGAAGAAAACAAAAAUAACCAUCACUUCAAAACAGAAGAACACACCAAAAUGAUAAAAUAUAAAUGUGAUCAUAAUUUAUUCUUAAGAAUAAAUAACAAAAAUAAAAUAAUAAAAAAUAAUAAAUCCAAUUUUUCAUCCUUAAGAAAAAUACAUAGCAAUAAUAUAAAAAACAUACAAUGCGAUAAUAUCAAGAUAAAAAAGAAAAAAAUAAGUAUGGAAAAAAUAUUUCUUAAAAAAUAUAACAAAUAUAUCAAAACACAAAAAAAAAAAAACAAAAUUAAAAUGAAUUGUAAAAAUGAGAUAUUUUCCAAAUUAAAUAACCUAAAAAUCUUUAAAAAAAAGGAAAAACUCAAUAAUAUUAUUAAGGAUAUCUUAACACAUGAAAAAAAUAUUAAAAAAAAAAUAAAACAAAUAUUAAACAAAGAAAUUGUAAAUAAAAUGGUAAAUAAUCAUAUAAAAAAAAAUAAUAAUAAUGAAAAAAAAAUGAUUCAUAAAUAUUUAUAUCCUAAUUUUCAAAAUGAUCAUAUACCAACAAAUUGUUAUGACCAAAACAUAAAACAUAUAAAUAAUAAUAAUAAUAAUAAUCAGAGUGUAACACAAAAACAGAACUAUCAAAAUAAUCAUCUAAACAAACAGAUACAAACAAAAGAAAACAUAAAUAAAUUUAUGAAUACCAAAAGAGUAACACUAAAUCAUAAUUUAGCAAUUAAAAGAGCAUUUUUUAAUGCUACCGAAAAAAAAAUAUAUAUUAAUGAUGAUGUAACCGAGGAUUUCUUAGCUCAUGUUGAUGACUAUGCAAGUACUAUAAUAGUUGAGGGUAAAGAAAAAAAAUUUAAAUUUGAUCAGUUCUCUAGAGAUGCAGAUGAUAUAUCGAAUUUUUUUAGUUUAUCCUAA